AUUCUCUCUCUCUCUCUCUCUAGCAUAAGUAAACAUGAUCUAUGGUUUGAUGCCUCUUUCAACAGCUAAACCCUCUCUAACGUAGGAGAAAGAAACACCAAGGAUCGCGAUGGCGGCGAACAUGGCGAGGAGAAGAAGUGCAUCCGCUUCCGGUUUCGUAUGGCUGGUGUCUUGUUUGAUGGUGUCGAGCGUGUGCGGAGAUUAUCCCCAUUUGGGCCAGAUUUUCAGAGGCCGCUACGGCGAGCAAAUGCAGAAAAUGCAAGACCUCAAGGGGUCGGUACUUUGGCGCGGUUCGGUUUCUCUUGCGGCGUCCUCAGUCGCUACAUCGCCACAGCCGGGGUCCCCAAGUCCAAGAGUAUACUUGGUCACGUCCUAUGGCGCGGAUCCAACAGGCAAUACAGAUAGCAUAGACGCCUUGACAUCGGCAAUUGCAGAUGCGGUUCGGGCUCCAGGAGACGGUGUCUUGAUGGAGGGGAUUACUAAUCUCGGAGGUGCUCGGAUUAGCCUCGAAGGAGGUGAUUACUUGAUUAGCCGUCCCCUGCGCUUCCCAGCGGCCGGUGUCGGAAACAUCAUGAUUCACGGAGGAACACUGCGAGCAUCGGAUGAUUUUCCGAUUGAUGGGUAUUUGAUCGAUCUAUCGGCGCCUUCAUCAAGCAAAUCAUCGUCAUCGUAUAACUUCGAGUACGUAACUUUCAGAGACCUCAUGCUGGACUCUAACUACAGGGGAGGCGGCAUUUUGGUUCCGAAUUCUCUUAGAACGAGCAUCGAUAACUGCUAUAUCGCCCGCUUUACCAGCAACGGCAUAUUAGUUCAGGGCGGCCACGAGACCUACAUCAGAAACUCCUUUUUAGGCCAGCACAUAACUACGGGUGCGGACCCUGGAGAGCGUAACUUCUCCGGCACAGCCAUUAACUUGAUGGGCAACGAUAAUGCCGUGACCGACGUGGUUAUUUUCUCAGCUGCCGUCGGCAUAAUGGUGUCUGGUCAGGCUAAUGUGAUAACAGGGGUACAUUGCUAUAAUAAAGCGACGGGCUUUGGUGGAACCGGGAUCUAUUUGAAAUUGCCCGGUAAGACGCAAACCCGGAUACUGAAUUGUUACAUGGACUUCACUGGUAUAGUCGCCGAAGACCCAGUACAGCUCGAUAUUUCCAACUGUUUCUUCCUCGGCGAUGCCCACAUAGCGUUGAAGUCGAUCAACGGUGUUGCGAACGGAGUGAAUAUCAGGAACAACAUGUUUAGCGGAUCGGGUAAGGGGACUGACAUUGUCCAGCUUGAUCAAUCGAAUGGUCCUUUUAAGGAAAUAGACCAAGUUGUGGUCGACGCGAACAAUGUGGACGGGAUGACCAUGAGAUCUACGGUCGCUAGGGGUUCUGCGAAAGGGAACGGGACCUCAUGGAUGGUCGAUUUCAGCUCGGCUCUUUUGUUUCCGGAUCUGAUAAAUCACGUCCAGUAUUCGCUGAGCACGAGCGGCGGCUCUUUCCCGAACCAUUCCCUGAGGAACGUGUCGAGGAAUUGCGUGGUGGUCGAGUCCGAUGUUGCUGUUGCUGCCAGUGUUUUUGUCAUGGUGGAACAGGGCAAAAAGCUACCAAGCUGAGCCGAUUGAAAAUUCUUUGGUGUUGAAUGGCCAAAAUGGCAAAACUAGAAAAUUUCUAUGUUGUGACUCUUGUAGCGAGAGAACAAAUUUGACCUGCCGACAGAAAUGUCAAUAUAUACAAUCCAAUUGAUUUGGAACACUGUCAAA